GAGUUAUGGUUUAAACGGCGUGUGCGCGGCGCCGCUGGGGUUGCGGCGUCCUGGAGUUUGGCUGUUGGGGUCGGUUCGUCUCCAGCAUCUCACAUACAAGGCCCAAUCCCUAGAAAUCCAGGAUGGCGACUCUGAUCUUUGUUGACAAGGAGAAUGGACAGCCAGGCACCCGUAUGGCUCCUAAGGAGGGGCUGAAGCUGGGGUCCGGGCCUGUCAAAGCCUUAGAUGGGAGAACGCAGGUUUCAACACCACGCGUUGGGAAGGUCUUCAAUGCUCCAUCGGCCUUACCUAAAACUGCCCGGAAGGCCUUGGGAACGGUUAACCGGGCUACAGAGAAGCCAGGGAAGACUAACGGACCCCUCAAACAAAAGCAGCUGAGCUUCACUGGCAAAAAGGUGAGUUCCCUGGAGCAGCCCUGCGUGCCGUUCGCUGAUUGGGUGAAGGAGAGGCGGGCCUUUGUGGAUGUCAGCUGUGAGACCCUCUUCAGUGCUCAUGGAUAG